CACAAAGUACUCUUCAAAGGAGGUUUGAAACUGUCGAGUUGCGAAUGUAAACAACAUGGCGGACACAAUCGAUCACAAUAUUUCAUGCAAUAUUUGUGGUGAAACUAAUAACCUUAAAAGAUGUGGGAUUUGUAAAUGUACCUAUUAUUGUUCACGAGAACACCAGUUAAAAGACUGGGCGUUACAUAAACAAGUUUGUGAGACUUUCAAAACGCAUUUACCGACGAAUAAUAAAGGACGUGUUUCAGGCGGUAUGGUGGACGGAAAGAGUAAUAAAGAUGGACUCGUUAAGGAAGAUUUCAAUAAAGGUAAUGUAAAUGCAGAUCGAAACUCGAAUCAGCUUAAAGGUUUAGAUAAGGAAAACGUACACAUUAAGAACGGUGAUAAUUUAGAGGACGUGACCCCAUUUGAUAGACGUCCGUUUAGAAGUGACGCCUUUAUAAGUAUGCAGGCUCAUGCAAAUAAACAAGAUGUUGCCAAAAUUGCCGUUAAUAAUUUGAACGAAAAAGGGUACUGUGUAAUAGAUGGCUUGUUUACAAGAAAUAAGAUGAAAAAAGCAUUAAAAGACAUCAAUAAAUGCAUGGAAGACAAUAGGUUUAACAGUGGCAAACUUGGAGGAGGGAGAACUAGUGGUGAACACGAAAAACAAGAAGUGAAUGCUGAUAUUAGAAGUGACAAGAUCAUGUGGCUGGAGGGUACAGAAGAAGAUGUAAAAGGCAUUACAUCCAUUGUGUCUAGAAUGGAUUCCAUUUUAUGGGAAUUUAACAAAUUUUUAGAUAAAAAGUAUUUCAUAAAUGGACGCACGAAAGCUAUGGUCGCCUGUUACCCUGGUAACGGUUCUUAUUAUAGGCGUCACGUGGACAAUCCACACGGUGACGGAAGAGUUGUCACAUGUAUUUUGUACCUCAACGAAGGUUGGAAUGUACAGGAGGACGGUGGGCUACUCCGUAUACUGCCGGAAGAUUCAGAUGAUCAUGUUGAUAUUGCACCAGUCGCUAACCGGUUGCUUUUCUUCUGGUGUGACCGAAGGAAUCCGCAUGAAGUUCAACCUGCAUACAAAACAAGGUAUGCAAUAACGGUGUGGUACAUGGAUGAAGAAGAACGAAGAAGAGCAAAACUAGAAUGUAAAGCCGGAGAAAUGACAAAAGUAAGGGGAGAGUAUGUGUUGCAAGAGAGGCAGCAGAGACAAGAGGAGAGGGAUAAAUUAAAUCAGAAAAUUGAAGAUGCCGCUACAGACGCCAUUGCUUCCCUUUCUAUGGACGAACUAAAGGCAAUAUCUGAUUUAAUUGCCGGGCAACCAAAUUCUGAAGACACUCUUGCCAGUAUGGGUAUUGCACCAAAUAUUAGGACAAAGCUGAUGCAGAAGCUACAAAACCUCAAAACGGAAUCAUAGCUUUUGGCGGACCAGCGUUUAGAUGAUUGCUGUUUGAAAGAAUUUAGUACUUUAGCUCUAGACUGUUAUACUUGUGCCAUGAACUUUAUUUGAAAAUAGAUCUAUUUCAGCUCAUAUUUCUUCCGCAUAUUUCUUUGCAUGCGGCUUUACUUUUAUGUUUUGUCUCACUUAUGUUACUUUACGGCUGCUAAUCGCGCAAUUACAGCACCACUGGUGCUCCGCUUCGAUGGAAUUGCGGCACUUCCGGUGAACGAUAUGCGAAAGGAAAAUCAACAAAUUUACGGUCAGUGGUUUCUUUUUCUUUACAUGCUUUUAAUUUGAAAACACUAUAUCAUGAAUUGGGCUUCGUAGUUGAUCUGUAUAUAAACAAAGACUUAUCCUGGAAAAUAUUGUCUUAAUUAGUGGAAGAACGACCGAGGUACGAUGCAAAUUCUGCACGAGUAGUGACCCAAACUUUGUGCAAAGGAAUCACAAUGUUGUAGAUAAAUGUUAUUUUCUUGAAUAUUUACCCAUUCCAAAGGAUGAAAUAGCAAACAUCCCCUCAGAUAUUACAUAAGCUUACUUAAAAUCGUAUUUUCCUUACAAAGAAAGCACACAUAUGGAUGAAAUAAGUGAAAAUAGAACUGGUGUUCCAAUUGCGACACAGGAGACAAGGCUUGUGUGUACUCUUUGUCACAAGUACUACAGACAAUUAUUUUUCUUGAUACGGGUGGCAUCUGUAACGAGAUCAAAAUAUUCAGACAAUGAGUAAUUAACUCAAAUUAAAAAAAAAAAAAAAAUAAAAAAACAUUUCUCAGUAGAAGCAACGUAUUUUGAUCUCACAUGAAAUUAAUAAAGAUAACAGAAAACAAAAGCUAUGACACUAUUAAGUAUUCAAAAACGUUUUGUUGCAAAUUUUCUACCGUCUUGCAACACCUGUAAAGCUUAUACGAAUGACAUCAUUAAUAACAUCACAAUCUUGAUAUUAUGACAGAUUUUUACUGUUUAAGUCGCCUUUUCCGUUACAAGGAUAUUUCUCAUAUAAGUCUUUUAAAGACCACAUUAACCCAUAAAGUACUCCUAAGAUGUUAAUAAGGUAAAAAUAAAAGGACUUGUAAUAUUUUCAUGAUAUCUUUAUCAGUGUUCAUGUGAGGACUGAACAUAUUAGACAAGAUUUCUCAGAUAAUGAAUCUGAAAGGAUACAUCUAUUUCUACAGCAAAUUUUAAUCAUUUUUGGGCAAUAAAAUCCCAUUUUCAAAUGCAAUUAUUUUCUCAGUGGAUUGCGCUAAAACGCAACGCUUUUUGUGCCCCGCAUGAGUGGUGGGGGUAUAUAGAUUUGCUCUUAUCCAUGUAUCCGUCCGUGCGUGCGUGCGUGCGUGCGUGCGUCCGUCCGUCCAUCCGAAGUUCGUGACGCGCCUAGCUAAAAAAGUAUUCGAUAUAAAUUGAUUAAACCUUGAAUGAGUCUUUAUAAGAUAUGAACUUGCGCACCUCCUAUUUUUCGUCUGACUCCGCCCCCUAUUUCCAGGGUUAUGGCCCACGAAAUAGUCAAAAAUGCACAUUUUCACAUUGUGACACGCCUAUCUCAAAAAGUAUUUGAUAUAGAUUCAUGAAACCUUGCCUGAGUCUUAAUCAUGAUAUGAACUUGCGCACCCCCUAUUUUUCACCUAGGUCCGCCCCCUAUUUCCAGGGUUAUGGCCCCUGAAAUAGUCAAAAAUGCACAUUUUCACCUUGUGGCGCGGCUAACUCAAAAAGUAUUACAUACAAACUGAUUAAACCUUGCAUGAGUCUUUAUCAUGAUAUGAACUUGCACACCUUUAAUUUUCUAACUUACAUUUGGGAUAUUUUUUCUAAAUUUACACAUUUUAUAAGUUUACAAAGGAAUAAAAGGCAUUUCACCAAUGAAAUCUACAUUUUGAAGAUAUCAUUCAAAAUUUUGAAACUUCCAUUCAUGGAGACUUUUGAAUAAGAUAUACGAUGAUGCUGAUUUCACACCUUGAGCGGCCUUCUGCGCAUGUCCCGUCGAAGCGCAUGGCAAAAUACGCAAAUUUUAUAGUAUGUGUAAUAUACUGACUAAAGGUUAGGGUUAGGAUUACCAUGGUUACAAAAUAUAUACAUAUGAUAAAGAUACUUGUCAUUCAAGUCGCUUGAAUUCGGUAUAUUCCGGAGUCUGUAAUUUAUCACAGGCACUCCAGAGUCUGAAAUAAGUCUAUGGAAACCAUUAAGUGGGGAAAAAUGUAUGUUAUGUAAAGCGCCUUUGAACACGUGCAUGAAUAGGGCGCAAUAUAAAUCUGGUAUAAUAGUGAACAUUUGUUUCGGAAUCUAGUACACUUUAAUCGAGUUUUACGAUUUAAUAGCAUUCUUUACAAUUUAUAGAAUUCGGGUGGCAGCAACGUAAUUCAGACGCGGUAACAACAUAUUAAUAGUCAUACACCUUCUUUUACGUUGGUUUGAGCAAAACCUAUGACGUGAUUAACAAUAUAAAACAUAGAAACAUUAUUACUGCAAACGAAUAUUAUUUCACAAUAAAUAUAUGCGCAAUUCUAUCUCCUGUGUCGCAAUUGGAGAAACAGUUCUAUUUGACUUUUUCAUCCAUAUGUAUGCUCUCUUUGUAAGGAAAAGACGAUUUUAAGUAAGCCGCCUUUGUAAUAUCUGAGGGGAAUUUUGCUAUUUCAUCCUUUGAAAUGUGAAAACUUAUCUACAGCAUUGUGAUUCCUUUGAGUAACGUUUGGGUCACUACGCGUGCAGAAAUUUCAUCGUACCUCUAAUUAAGACGAAAUUUCUAGGAUAAGUCUUUGUUUAUAUACAGGUCGAACUACGAAGCCCGAUUUUUGAUAUAGUGUUUCAUAUU